UUGGACUAAUUCCGUUGCAGCUGAUGCAGACGCUGAUGCCUGCAUCAGCCAGGUCGUUGACCAGCAUCGCACUCGACCUCAUCCCUGAACUGGAAACGCUUUUCUCAGAGGAUUCCCCGUUCGUCGACGACUCUAACGCUGUAAAACUCACUCCCGAGACGAUCGACUUCGCAUCGAACAUGUUUGCAGAGUUCCUUCCGGCAGUGCGGGAGGCGAUGAAACAGCAGGCUGUGGCCCAGCAAAGAUCUUUGGAUCCUGCCGUGGAUUCUCAGUUCGACAAAAUAGGCAAGGUUAUGCCGAGAAUCAUACGACUUAUUGGAGCCUUCGCUACAAGGCCACGAGUGGACCCCAGUGUUGAACCAACCUUGACGGACUUCACAAAUACAGUGGUAGAAGAAGCUCGCAGUACGGCGUCAACCGCCCUAAGGCAGGCUGCAGAUCAAAUCACAAAAGCUGCUGAAAAUGUGGCAGGGAACACGAAACUGAUUGGAACUCCCGUUGAACCAACGAAAUCAGCGGUUCAACAAAUACCUGUUUUCGAAGCAGAAACUUAUUCUCAGAAUAUAUUAGCAGAACCUCUCCAGAAAUCAUCGGCACCUGCGGUAACAACUUUCGCUGCACAAGCACCUAGCGCUGUGGUGAACUCAUUCGACUUCAAAUUUCCUUCUAUACCUGGUAACCCCGCUGCCGAGCCAGGUCAAUUACCUUCAGAUGGAUCAGUUUACUACGCAUUACCAGGAGGAGGUUACUUUUAUGCCACAGGAUUUGCUAGGUAAUAAGCACAUGGCAUUACAUAUCUGUUUCUUGUCUCAGGAUACAUACUACAAAGUCUUCAGAAACUCAUCAUUGAAAAAAUUGUUACCCCCAGAUGCAAUUGUACGAGAAAAAAAAUCGUGAAUUUUUUCGAAUCAUCGUUAGCUUUAGUUGAAAAAACAUGUCAUGUAAUAUUGCCAUACCCAAUGUUAAAUGCCCUCCAGUGCCAUACCAAUUACCAAUGACACUUUUUAUGUCAUUAAAUACGAAUGGGAAUAAUGGAAAUAAUUACACUGGAUUGCGAUCUUAAAAAGUAACUUCAGUAUACCAGAAAUUUGUGUAACAUGACCAUAGACCGAAAAAUUAGUAUGAUGUAUUCUUAAAAUAAAUCACUGACAACUGCACGAUUAAACCGGAAUGAUACUUCUACAUGAAAACGGAACAUACAGAGUAAAUAGCCCAAAAUAAUUCAAAUAUGUUCCCAUGGCUGAAAGUUUUCUUUCGUCCAGUGCGCGCUUUUCAAUACUAAUAUUAAAAGAAAAUAGUGGCAUUCAAACAUGUAAUAAUCGACACAGAAAUGCGUGUUCCUAAUAAAAUUUGAAUCUUUGAAA